AUGGAACAAGGGAGAGGCGCUUCAUGGCGAAGGGUCCAUAUACGGCUCGCCUUCAUGGCUGUAUCCUUGUUGUUUGGAAGAGCAGUAUGGGCACAGAUACGGUAUUCUGUUUCUGAAGAGCAGAAGGACGGUACCGUGGUUGGAAAUAUUGCAAAGGAUUUAGGAAUUGAUGCAAGAAGAUUAAGAGAAAGAGGAUUCCGCAUCGUAUCCUCCUCAGAGGAGUCACUGUUUAAGGUAAAUCAGAAUGACGGAGCGUUGUAUGUUAGUGGAAACUUGGACAGAGAGACAGUGUGCGAGAAAACCACAUCGUGCACGAUCAAUCUCAAAAUCGCGAUGGAAAAUCCACUGGAGAUUCAUUAUGUGACUGUAGAGAUUAUAGACAUGAAUGACCAUGCUCCUGUUUUUACUGAAAAAGAAACGCUCUUAGAGAUCUGGGAGUCGGCGUUACCCGGAACGAGAUUUCAGCUUCAGCCAGCCCACGACUUGGACAGCGGAUCAAAUUCUAUUCAAACGUAUAAACUCAGCCAGAACGAUCAUUUCCGACUCGAAGUCAAAGAUCGUGGAAAAGGUGGAAAAAAUCCUAUUUUGGUCUUACAUAAGCCAAUAGAUAGGGAGGUAAUGCAAAGUAUGAAAUUGUUAUUAACUGCUGUCGAUGGUGGAAGACCCUCCAAAUCGGGAACAAUGGACGUAACUGUUCGUGUGUUGGAUGUAAAUGAUAACAUGCCAGUUUUUACUAAGGACGUUUAUUCUGUCCAGCUGAAUGAAAACGCACCUAUAGGUACAACUGUCAUACAAGUGAAUGCCACAGAUUUAGAUGAGGGGCCAAAUGGAGAAGUUGUUUAUGCGUUUUCUAAUAGUGUUCACAGUAAAUUGCGCAAAAUGUUUGAUAUUGAUUCUAUUACCGGAGAAAUUAUUGUGAAAGGACACAUCGAUUUUGAAGCGACGAGUGACUAUGAAAUUGAUAUAACAGCAUCAGACAAAGGCCCUGUACCACUGACAACAGACAAGACUGUGGUUAUAAAAAUAAUCGAUGUCAAUGACAAUGCACCGGAAAUAGAGUUGACGUCACUUUCAAGCACUGUUUCAGAAGAUUCCAGACCAGGCACUACAGUUGCUUUGAUAAGCGUGACUGAUUUAGACUCUGGAAUUAACGGGAAAGUUUUCUGUUCUGUUCCGGAAGAUAUACCAUUUAAAUUAAUGCCGUCUUCACAGGACAAUAUGUAUUCAUUAGUUACGACGUCAUCCAUUGACAGAGAGAAGCAAUACGAGUAUGAAAUUAUAUUAGUUGCCAAAGAUACAGGAGAACCGUCUUUAUCAUCAGUGAAGAGUUUAACCAUCUUAGUAUCAGAUAUAAAUGAUAAUAAUCCAGAAUUUUCUCUCUCCCCUUACACAUUUUACGUGAUGGAAAACAAUAUCCCGGGCAUGUCCUUAUUCUGUGUAUCGGCCUCUGACAGAGACACAAAUGAAAACGCAAUAGUCACCUAUGAAAUAAUGAGAGAAAGUAGCGAAGAUAAUAAACAAAUCUUUGUGAAUAUAAAUGCAGGAAAUGGGUGUAUUUACGCGUUAAAAAUUUUCGACUUUGAAAGUGUUAAAACGUUCCAGUUCCACGUGCUCGCUACAGAUUCUGGAACUCCGUCACUAAGCAGCAACGUCACAGUGAACGUGUUCAUUCUGGAUCAGAACGACAACGUUCCAGUGAUCUUAUAUCCAGUCAGCGCUAACGGUUCUGCUGAAGGUGUGGAGGAGAUUCCCCGCAAUGCCAACGCAGGACAUUUGGUGACUAAAGUGAGAGCCUAUGACGCGGAUAUAGGAUACAACGGCUGGUUAUUAUUUUCACUGCAGGAAGUGAGUGACCACAGUCUCUUUGGUUUGGACCGCUAUACAGGACAGAUAAGGACCCUUCGCUCAUUCACAGAAACAGAUGAGGCUGAACAUAAACUGGUCAUACUGGUCAAAGACAAUGGGAACGUUUCACUUUCAGCAUCAGCGACUGUGAUCAUUAAACUUGUGGAGCCCAAAGAGGCUUUUGCAGCUUCUGAUGUUAAAAAGGCAGUAAAAGAAGAAGAGGAAGAAAAUAACAUUACAUUUUAUUUAAUCAUUACAUUGGGCUCGGUUUCAUUUCUUUUUAUUCUCAGCAUCGUCGUGCUGAUUGUAAUGCAGUGCUCCAAAUCGACAGACUAUUCCUCCAAAUAUUUACAAGACACAAAUUACGACGGCACACUGUGUCACAGCAUCCAGUACAAAUCCGGAGAUAAACGCUACAUGUUAGUUGGACCCAGAACGAGUAUCGGUUCUACUCUAGUUCCAGGCAGUAAUGGAAAUACUCUUGUGAUAUCAGAUCGCAGGAGGAGAACUUCUGGUGAGAGCACGCUGCAGGUAAGAAUAUUUCAGAUUUAUAAGUGGCGUCUUUUGUUGUAGGGUUUUUUUUCAUUCUAUGUUCCUG